AUGGAGCAAGGGCUGUUGGACGACCUCAAUGUCGGCCCCGAGGUGGAAGAGUUUGCCAACGCCCUUGACAACUGCCUUUCACCAUUCUUAUCGCUGGAAGACAAACGAGCCCGACUUCUCGACCUCCCCCGGAAAUACUACGAAAAUGCAUCCCGACGACUGCAACAGGCGCGGCCGAAGCGAGCUCGCAGCGGUUAUGACGAUGUAGACAUGGAUGCUGAUGAGCUUGAGACGGCAGAUGGCCUCUCUGGAGAGGAUGAUGAGAUUAAGCAGCUGGAGAAGGAAGUGCAGACUUGGGAUUUGAUUCGACGACUAUUACCUCUACGAUACGCAGCGCUAAAUUCUAAUGCCAACGAUCGCCCAUCAAUAGAAACAGGCUCGACCCAGUCCGAUAUGCUGCUCGAGUUUCUCCUUGCGGAUCCUACAGCCCAGGAGCGCCACGCAGUCCUCCAGUGGCUUCAGAGUAAUGCGGCUGCUGGCCCGGAUAUUGAUGAUCUGGCACGAGAUCUCCUGAAGCAAGCCGACAGGGGAGACAUCGUUGCUCAUGGCUGGCUCCACACCCGCGCAACUAUCAAGCUGCGGAAGAACUUGACGACAUGGCAUGGGCUGCUGGACCACCAGGGCCCCAAAGUCAUGGAAUCUCACGUUGGCAAGGACGGUGCUCCCCUGAUUACGCAGCUGGAUCCCGAUGCUAUCACUCGCCAGGGACGGAAACUCGAACCCGCCGACGAGUACUUUGAGCGCGCUAUUUGGCUUGGCUGCUUUGAACAUCUUCGUCGUGGCAGCAGCCUGGAAGAGCUGCGUGAGUGGUGCCAAGAGCGCACUGAAAUGUGGCGCGCUGUUUCAAUGUCUGCCAUGCCUCUCUCUGUUGAUGACAGUUCCGCCCCUGUCGACGACUUGAAACCCGAGGCGUUGGCUCUCUGGAGACGGACGUGCUUUGCCUUGGCUCGUCAGGGAGGGUCGGAUGAUUACGAACGUGCGGUAUAUGGGUUACUCUCGGGCGACAUUAGUAGCGUUGAGAAGAUUGCUAGGAGGUGGGACGACUUCCUCUUUGCUAAUUACAAUGCACUCUUGCGAACUCAGUUUGAUACCUAUGUAUUGAGCCGAUGCUCACCAACUAUGAGCUCGACUCUGACUCAAAACUUUGCCUCGUUUGACGCUGUUCAGUUUCUGGGAGACCCGCGAGGUGUCGAAAAGAGACUCAUUCGCUCGCUGGAGUCACAGGAAAGGAUCCGCGACGAGGCAACAGAGCCUAGUAAAGCUCUGCAAGCCGCGUUUAUUGCCAAAGAAGUCGGGCGUCAUCUGUACGAACAAGGUCUUGUCAUGACUGCGGAUGCAAAUGCGGACGGUCAAUCCAUUCUUCUACCUUCUUCCAAGCCCAUCGACUCUACCAUUAUGAAGAAGAAGUACUUUAACCUGGACCAGCAUCAGGGACUCCGUCUUGUAUCCCACGUCUUUGUGAUCACCACGCUGAUGGAGAAGCUCAACUCUGCCCAGGGAAUCAUCUCUGGCUCCUUAACGCCGCCACAGUGGUUAUCUGGCCAGGAAAGUAUCCUAGCGGGGUAUACCGACUACUUGCGCCGCGCCGGCCUUCAAGAGCUCAUCCCUCUGUAUUGCUCAAUACUACAAGCACCAAGACAAUACGACGUUCUGAGCUGGAAUCUAAUCCACGAAGAGGAUCCUGAACAGCGUCUGCUGCAGCUGAAACUGAUCAAGAAGGCUGGAAUUGACGUGUUGAAGUUUGUGGAGAGGCAGGUAUGGCUCUUUUACGACGCCUUGGGAGAGAAGGCUCCCCAGCAAGCCUCCUUUAGCAUCAUCAGCGACGCACCCUCAACACCACAGUUCGGGAAGCUGAUCAAGGCGGACUUUUUCGGUUAUGACGAGGGUGUUGUGCAGAAUGACCACGACCGGGUAAUCUGUGCACUGGAGUGGCUUAUGAUGGUCGACGGGAUGUGGCCUGAAGUCUUUUCCAUGGGAACAAAGGUUUACAAGUUUUUCCUGCGGAACGCGAACUUGGAAGCGGCCCGACGGCUCGUGGAAAAGAUUUCCUUCAACAAGAUCAUUCAAGGGAUUUCAGGGCAAGAAGAAACUGAUAUUGCAUGGUAUGAUGAUGUAGAAUUCUGGGCCAGGCUGCUGGAGCGCAGCGAAAUCUCCAACAUGAACCCUGAGCGAGUCAUGGCAGAGGCACGAAACUUCCGUGCGCUCGAAAACCUCGUCAAGGCUUUGGAUGCCUUGGAAACAGUAGCCUCACUGAUGGUUCUCUCGACUGAACUCACUCAUGGAGACCGGGAUUUCUGGGGUCCAGCCAGCGAAGGGAUCAAAAAUGUCAAGGAGUUUAUGAAGCCCUUGCUGAAGGGAUGGCUGAUACCAGCAAUCAAGGGUGGAGACGAAGAGCUGCGAGACAUUCGAGCUGCAUACCUGCCAGAGACCGUCUUGGCAUACAUCAGCGCUCUCCAGUUUGCCGGCACUGGCCUAUCGCGAGAUAACUUAUUAGAGUGCAUGGAGCUCGCAUCUUUGGUUGCAGAGCGCGAAUCAGACCUGAAAGACGCCUUUACGGACGCUCAUCGCAUGACGGAACUCGUCGAGGCCUUUGCAGCCUGCAGCAAAGCGCUGGCAAUUGCCACCGGAGAGAAGAGGCCAUCUGGUUCUGGCAGCAAGAGGCUGCGGGAGAUGGGAUGGUCGCGAGAUUUGUGGUCUGUCAAGUCAGGGUCUGGAGAUGCGAGCGUGAUUGGGCCUGCGUAA